GCCGAGUGUCCUGGCAGGCCCCGAGGAAGGAAGGGCUGGGCCAGCCCCGGGCCGGCCCGGCUGGGAGCGCAUUACACGGCGUCUGCCGGCCCCGAGCCAAGGCGGGCGAGCAGGCCCGGCUGCCCCAUUUCCCAGCCAGCCGGGAGCACAGGAGUUAAAGUGCCGGCGGCUCAUGGCGGCAGGAACAGGGUGUUGCUGAUGCCGGCUCUGGCGAGGCCGGGAUGACGCCCAGGAGGCCCCGGAGCUCAUUGGCACAGGCCCUGAGUCACCGCGGCAGCAGCGGGGCCGCGGGUGUCCGCACCCGGCACGGCCGCGCCUCUGCUGAGCCGGCAGCUCGGGCACGGCCGGCGGGGCCGGGACAAGGCCCUGGCACCACCAUGGUGCUCAGGGCACAGGGCAGCGUGCCCAGUGACCUGACCCCAGAGGAGUGCCAGGAGCUGGAGAACAUCCGGCGCCGGAAGCAGGAGCUACUGGCUGACAUACAGCGCCUGAAGGAUGAGAUAGCAGAAGUGACGAAUGAGAUCGAGAACCUUGGCUCCACGGAGGAGAAGAAAAACAUGCAGAGGAACAAGCAGGUGGCCAUGGGCAGGAAGAAGUUCAACAUGGAUCCCAAGAAGGGCAUCCAGUUCCUGAUUGAGAAUGACCUGCUGAAGAACACAUGCGAGGACAUUGCUCAGUUCCUGUACAAGGGAGAGGGCCUCAACAAGACAGCCAUCGGCGACUACCUGGGCGAGAGGGAUGAGUUCAACAUCCAAGUCCUACAUGCCUUUGUGGAGCUGCAUGAAUUCACCGACCUCAACCUUGUGCAGGCCCUGCGGCAGUUCCUGUGGAGCUUCCGACUGCCAGGGGAGGCACAGAAGAUUGACCGGAUGAUGGAGGCCUUUGCCCAGCGGUACUGCCAGUGCAACCCUGGGGUCUUCCAGUCCACAGACACCUGCUACGUGCUGUCCUUUGCCAUCAUCAUGCUGAACACGAGCCUGCACAAUCCCAACGUGAAGGACAAGCCCACGGCAGAGCGAUUCAUCGCCAUGAACCGCGGCAUCAAUGACGGGGGGGACCUGCCUGAGGAGCUGCUCCAGAAUCUGUACGAGAGCAUCAAGAAUGAGCCCUUCAAAAUCCCUGAGGAUGAUGGCAAUGACCUCACCCACACCUUCUUCAACCCUGACCGGGAGGGCUGGCUCCUGAAGCUUGGAGGCAGGGUGAAGACGUGGAAGCGGCGCUGGUUCAUCCUGACCGACAACUGCCUUUACUACUUCGAGUACACAACGGAUAAGGAGCCCCGUGGCAUCAUCCCCCUGGAGAACCUGAGCAUCCGUGAGGUGGAGGAUUCAAAGAAGCCCAACUGCUUUGAGCUCUACAUCCCUGACAACAAGGACCAAGUGAUCAAGGCCUGCAAGACAGAGGCGGAUGGGCGUGUGGUGGAGGGGAACCACACCGUGUAUCGCAUCUCUGCCCCCACGCCUGAGGAGAAGGAGGAGUGGAUCAAGUGCAUCAAGGCAGCCAUCAGCCGGGACCCCUUCUACGAGAUGCUGGCUGCCAGGAAGAAGAAGGUCUCCUCCACCAAGAGGCACUAGCAUCCAGACUGGCCCUGCGAGGCCCUGUAGCAGCCCAAGUGUCCCUCCGUCAUGGGGGCAUGUGGGGCAGGGGCCAUGCUGCAGGCUGGCCUUUGAGGCCCAGGGCCCAGCUUCAGCUUAGCCAUUUCUUUACUGUGGGGGGAGGGAAGGGACACGGGCAUCUCGGUGACUCUGGACCCCCAUCACUGCCUCAUCGCUGGACAGCAUCUUCACAGGCUCAAGCUGGAACACAGCACCCCUGGGAGCCCUGGCCUCAGCACCACGGGCACCCUCCCUGCCCCUGACCCCCAGGAAUUCUGCGGCCACUUGGCACUGGGUCCCCCAGCUCUCGUGUUCAGACACUCCUGGGGUGUUCGUUCAGGAGGGGGAGCAGCUGUGGGUGAGCAGCAGUGGUUUUGGGGUAUCACAGGUGCUGGGGUGCAGGGUGUCAGCCCCAGGGGGGCCCUGCAGAGAUACAGCUCCUGGCCCUCGUUGUAGCGGGCCUGGGUCUGUCCUGGUGUCCCCACGCUGGUGCCUUGGACCCUUCCAGCCCCACCCUGCCCUGGAAUGGUCCCCACAGACAGAAGGGAUGAAGGGCAGGGACUCCUGAGGAGCAGUGGUGCCACACGGCACAGAUGUGCCCCCACCCAGCGGUGGGAGUUGUGGCUUGGAUGUGGCAGCCCUGGGUGCCACUGCCCCAGCAUGUCCCUGUGUCAUGGCCCUGGUGCCAGGGUGGUGUGGUGCCAUGGUGGGACAUGCUCAGAGUGGAGCCUGCCCUCAGGGUGGCUGCCGGUGGGGAUCUCUGCCUCACAAUUGCCUGUGUCUUGUCCUGUCCCCAUCCCCACGCACAGUCUGGAGGCGCCUGGAUCAGUAUUAGUCUAUUUAUCAGAGGUGUAAAUAAUCCUGUAUAGUUUUCUCCUUGUAGAUUAUUUUGUAUGUGGAUGGUUCAGUGCAGAGGCCUCACAGGAGUGGGGUGGGGGGGCAGGAUUUUUUUAUUCUAACUUUUUUUUUUUUUUAAUUUGCCAUGGCCCUGUAAACUAGUGCUGAAGAUCAGCAACAAAUAAAUACUUGCACCAUGCUU